CUCAAAACGCACUCACAAGCCAAGCGCUGAAACAGCAGGAGGUGUCCGACUACCCUAACUAACUUGAGGAUUAUGUUUGUGAAAGUGGAAAACAACAGAAGUUUGGACGACGAAAUGGACAGCAGCUGCAGCCCCGAAGAAGGGUUCCGGCUGCUGGAGCUGACCCCAAAGGGCCACCCGCAGUACAACUACCCUGAGCAGCAGUUCCAGUCCCAGGGCGACGAGUACCUGCAUGAGGAAAUACCCAACAUGCACUUGGCGUACGAUUCGCACACGAGCCCCGAGCAGCUGAGCGCACCGCGUGCGACUCCCGGCCGGAAGCGGCGCCGCGGCGGCGACGAGUCGGCGGCGAAGCAGCGCCGCAAGACGCAGAGCUACGAGGACAUGCAGUCGCAGCGCGUGAUGGCCAACGUGCGCGAGAGACAACGCACCGAGAGCUUGAACCAAGCGUUCGCGUCGCUGCGGAGGAUCAUCCCGACCCUACCCUCGGACAAACUGUCCAAAAUCCAAACGCUCAAACUCGCCUCCAGGUACAUCGACUUCCUAUACAAGGUGUUACAGAACGGCCAGGACGAAUCAAAAUUUGCCCCGUCGUGUUCCUACGUUGCACACGAAAAGUUGAGCUACGCGUUCAGCGUGUGGCGCAUGGAGGGCGACUGGAACAGCGGUGGCUCCUGCAGCGGUCAAGAUGAUGACUACUGACUUUCCAGAGCAGGCA